AUGAGGUUCAAGGUCAAGAAUGUGUUGGCAAAGGCCCUGUACGACAAUGUGGCGGAGUCUCCGGACGAGUUGUCCUUUCGCAAGGGUGACAUCAUGACCGUCCUGGAGCGGGACACGCAGGGGCUGGAAGGCUGGUGGCUCUGUUCGCUACACGGCCGUCAAGGCAUCGUUCCUGGCAACCGGCUGAAGAUCCUCGUGGGCAUGUAUGAUAAACAGCAACAGCAGCAGUUACAGCAGCCAACGAGCCAACCAAGCCCAACACAGAGCCAUCUCAACCUGCCUCAGAGUGCCUACAGCAAGCUUCCCCCUGCAUCCCAGUACACGGCCAUGCACCCUGCCUUCUCCUCCAGCUCCGCCAACUCAACCAACCCAGACGGCAUCUACAUGCUCCCCCCCAGCCACGGCCUGCCUGCUCCCUCCAGCCUCUACCAGGUGCCUACCGGCCCCCAACCUCCACAGCCCCAACCCAAAGCUCCCGCUGUGGCACAAAAGCAAAGCCAGGCACAGUACCCUCCUUCCCCACAGGACAUCUACCAGGUGCCACCCACUGCAGGAGGGCCGUGUCUAGGGCAGGAUGUGUACCAGGUGCCACCCUCUAUGAACCAGACACAAGACAUUUACCAGAUUCCCCCAUCAAUAGAGAAGAGCUGGGACUCUCCCAAACCCAUGGGGAAGAGUUUUGAACAGCGUACAGUUACAACAGCCCUGCAUUCCACCAGUUCCUUGUGUAAAUAUCUGGUGUCGACGUCUCUCAUUGAGAAGGGAGGGGCGGCCUGGCAAGAGGAGAGAGCGAGCCACGGAGAGUCCCAGAAGCAGCACGCGGGCCGCCACAGAGGACGGACUCAAGCCGUGCGGUUGCCUCCCUGGCACCACAUGGGUGAAUAUUCUCCAUCUCCUGAAUCACCUGCUGCUCUGGACCGGGAUCGAAAUCAAGCCAUUCAUGAUACACAGAGAACUGUGUCGGAGAGAACGAACGUGGAGACGUGGAUCAAAGCAACAGUUUUUAAUAAAUCCAAACACACGGGAUAUUCACAACAAGGAAUGGCUGGUGACACACGAACAUGA